AUGCCAGGUCGCAAAAACCCCCUCCAGCUCUCCUAUAUAACAGAACGCAUCCAGGCUCUCUUCUCCAGAUCUCAGGAGACAACCCACCCCCUUGCCCUCGCUGAGGAAGCUCUCGCAGCAGGUGAUCCAGUGGGCAUGGCUUUCUUUGACGUGAACAUCCACUUUGUGGGAGCUUCGGGGCUCCCAAAGAUGGAUGUAGUUGGUAGUGCAGACCCAUACUUUGUCGCCAAGCUUGAUGAUAAGCUCACUUUCAUAUCAUCAGUGCAGAGUGGCACACGUGCACCCAAAUGGGACGAGCUGUGGAAAAUCAAGAAUGUGCCCCAGCACGCAACGCUUUGGGUCGAGAUCCUCGACAAAGACAGCAAUAGCUUCACAGACGACUACAUUGGUCAAUUUAGCAUUCCAGUCUCAUCGGGCGAGCAGGAGAUCAGAAUACAGGACAAGGCUUUGAAGAGAAAUAGAGGGUCUUUCGUACUUACGAUUGACUUGAUUCCAUCGAACGACCCUGAUGCUCAUCAUUAUCCUUACACCUUCGACGGUCCCGUUCGCUUUUCACGGCACAUUUCCCCCACAGUCGGUCGCAUCACGAGCGUCGAUAACCGUCUCUACUCGACUUGGAAAGUAUACAUCAAGGGCGUGCGCCACUUCUUCGGAGACCAGAUUCAACCCUGGAACAGAGACUACGCCAAAGCGCGCUCGAUUUUCCAAGGCGCUACUGCACUCGCCGUGCGCUCCGUGAUCCAUAGCGGACACCGAAUGCUCUACGCCCGCGCUGCCACCAACGGCUUCGGGGUACUUGACACCCCUACGGACGUCUUUCACCUCCUGCACGGGCACGCCGGUAAGAACGGCUCACCGGGGCCGUUCGCGCACCGCAUCAAGCCCGCGGUUUACACAUACAUUAUCUCUGUAGACGACGACUCGCUGCGCUUCUCCGAGACGGGAGCAACAUUUCUCGUGAACAUGGCCUCGAAGCAUGCACUGCACUCCAACUGCGCUGAGGCCGUGCUCUACUCUGGUGAGUUCCACCCGCGCCCCGAGGGCGGCUGGGAGCAUUUCGCGGACGACCGCUCCGAUGACGACGUCCGCUGGGAGUUGGUCAUCGACAACAAGUCUGGCACGUAUGCGCCCGAUGGCGCGCUCCUUCCGCGUGUGAAGGAGCUCUUCGAGUUCAACUUUCCUGGCUUCAUCGCUGUCACGUUCGAUUACCGCGAUCCCGCGCUCAAGCAGAGCAGUGAUGCGUGCCGGGCGUACGCCACGUCCAAGCGCGGUGUCAAUCCAGAGGACUUGGAGCCCCACGCGCACGCGGGAAAGGAGACACUGGCACAACGUGCUGCAGCCAUGUUGCACAGGCGCAGCGGAGAACAUGCAUAG